AUGGCCUCAACAUUUGACCUCGCCACGGAUGAGUUUCUCACCUGUGAGAUCCAUUCCGAGAGCACCCUCCCACUUCUGAGCUACUUCAUCGCGUGCAAGAAGCACAACCAGAAUGGCUCCAGAACCCUCUUUCAGAAAGUCAAGGCAAAGAUCGGAGUCGCGGAUCGUCCCAUCCCCGACGAGUCUGAGCAGUUGCAAGAUGUUCUGCUGGCUCUUAUGAAAGAUGGACCGGGCAAGCCUGGACAAAAGCUCACAGACUGUCCAACAGUCACUAUCGUCGGCGCUGGUGUCUCUGGCCUUUGUGCGGGCUACGAGCUGAAGAAGGCUGGGUUCAAGGUCACCAUCCUCGAGGCAUCUUCCCGAGUCGGCGGACGAGUCAAGACCUUCCGGGAGCCAUCUUUCGCGCAUGGUCUUCAUGGCGAGGGCGGUGCCAUGCGCAUCCCCGCGAAUCACUACUUACUUCACAAGUACAUCGAAGACUUUGGCCUGAAGACCCAGAUGUUCGACUUUGAGAUGAAGAACAAAUUCAUCUACAUCUCAGGCUACGGUGAGACGCUUACCUACGAUCGCUUCAAUGAGCUCCUUCAGGAGAAGGACGCCAAACUGCUGUCUCUCUUCCCUGGUCUCCGUGAUUGCGAAAAAGGCAAGACGUGCGACAAGCUAUUCACAGACGCUGUCGAACAGGUUGUUAUUGACUUCUGGAAUGCCUAUGAAAAGGCUGCUGACGAGGUAGCGGUUCCCGAGAAGAUUCAAGUCAAAGCUAUCAAGGAGGCAUAUGCCGCGAUCACCAAACAGUAUGAUAGCUACACGCUACGAUCUUACUUGACUGAUGUUGCGGGGUGGACUGAAGAUGCUAUAAAUCUGUAUGAUCUUGGCAAUGCUCAUGUCGUCUUCGAGAAUGGCUUCAUUGAGUCGUUCAAGGAUGCCUUUUUGUCGAGUAACAAAGGUGGCGAACAGGCGGGCAUGAAGCAGCUUCAAGAAGGGAUGGAUGCUGUGCCCAACGCUUUCGUCUCUAGUGACAGAAAAGAAAAAUCGUUGGUUGAUGAUAUCAUCUACGGUGCUCGAGUCACCGAGAUCGGUAUCCAUGAACAAUCGGACCCCCAAAUCCCUCUCCAAGCUCCGGUCAAGGUGACCUACGAGGUCACAGCCAACAGUUUGAAGAAAUCCAUCACCUCAGACUAUCUCAUCCUCGCCAUUCCCUACACCGCGCAGCGAACAAUUGCCAAGUCAAAGCCCUUCGUGCCCAUGCAGGAAAUGGCAGUGCGAGACGUCCGCUAUGUGGAAGUCACCAAGGUCCUCCUCCAGUACAAGAAGAGAUGGUGGGAGGAGGUAUUCACCAAAGCGGGCCAAGGCCUAGACGGCGGUCUCGUCAGCGAUCUUCCAAUCCGUUACACCAUGUUCCCCAAAACGGAUGGUAACACUCAGUUCAAGCAUUCUAACCGCGGUGUCAUCAUGGCAGCAUACACCUUUGAACAAGACGCUACUAUCCUCGGAUCUCUCUCCCCAGACAGGCGAAUCCAAAUAGCCGCCGAGAACCUGAACAGAAUCUUCCCUGAAGCCAAGUCUCUUGACCUUCUCGAAGCUGGAGCCUCGCAAGUCUUCCCAGCGGAUGAGUUGGCUGGCGGAAGCGCUUUCUGCUAUUUCGGGCCGAUGCAAAAGACGAAGUUCUUGGAUGUCAUGCAACAGCCUGAUUGGGAGAACAGAGUGUUUUUUGCGGGUGAGCAGGCUAGUUUUACUCACGGGUGGAUCCAAGGUGCUUUUGAAGCCGGACUUCGAUGUGUACAGCAAAUCUGGUCUGUUGCUGUUGAGGGUAAGGCACAGUGA